AUGAGCACUGCAGCAAUUGCGAUAGGAUUAACCGUUGGGUUACUCGUUCUUUUUUUUGUGUUUGUCCUCUUGUUCUUCAAGUUGCGGAGGGGUAGAAAUAGAACCGUGCCCAUCGACAUACUUGCUCACAAGAAUCAAUCUAAAAGCGCGACGAGUAGUAAUUCUUCCUUGAGACCCUCAAAGAAGUCUUCAACCAGGAGUUCCCAUGACUUUAUUUCUGAAAAAUCAAAGACACAAAAGAAUCUUUUCCUCCAACUGGAGACUCAACUUGACCCAUCACCAAAAACUCUUCCACAACAAACUCCUCCCGAUCCUUCUGGACCACCCAUAGGGGACAGUCCGAGAUCUUCGCAAGAAGUUCGUCGCGAUAAAAAUGCUAGUCCUCGAAGAAAUUCUCCUCACUCUAAUGAAGAAAGGACCCUGCCCAUUCCUCGAUCUCAAUCACCUCAAAACUCUCAGGUGUUGAUUGAGGGUAAUCUGCAAGAUACCGAUGAGGUGCCAUACUAUACACAAAAGCCGCCUCAGAUUCCACCAAAUGAUCCAUCACCACCUUCAUCGCCUGUACGAUCCUCGAGAAGUUUGGAUCGGCCGGGGUAUUCCCCAGAUGAAGACAACCCUGGGCCCUAUCCCCCAGCCCAACCGGCCCAAAAGCGUGGCCUUUCUCGGUCGUCGAGGCAGCGUUCGCCAUAUCGUGCACGUGGCGGGCGUAGUUCUAGUUCAAAUUCAUAA